AUGAACUGGCUCAAGACAAAGAUGGGAUCCCACGGAUGGGAUAUGAACGACGACGACAUCAAGAAGCCCAACGUCCUUUUCCUCGUCCCAAUCAAGUUCGCCCUUCAGGAGCUCGAGGACUUUGAGGAGUACUUUACCGUCAAGAUCUAUGACAGCGACCGUGAAGAGUUCAUUCGCAGGUGCAAAAAGGGCAAGUACAACAACUAUGCCGCCAUUCUCUGGGCAGGAGGAGUUUCUCCAGUCGGCAACCUCGAUAGCGAACUGGUCUCGCAUAUCCCCGCCAGGAUCACUGUUUCCAACACUCCUGGUGUAGUUUCUGCCGCCACUGCCGACACUGCCAUGUUUUUGAUUCUUGGAUGUCUUCGCAACUUUACACAGGGACAAACUAGCCUCCGCGCAGGCACCUGGAAAAAUGAAAUCGAUUAUGGUCAUGAUAUGGCCGCUGCCUCGAUCGGAAUCAUUGGCAUGGGAGGCAUUGGCAAGGCAAUCGCAAAGCGUGCCAAUGCCUUCGGGAUGGUGGUCAACUACUACAACAGGACCCGUCUCGACAUUCGCGUCGAGGCUGAAUAUGAUGCCCAAUUUGCUGCCUACGACACACUGCUGCGCGAGUCGGAUGUGAUUGUGAUCUGUGUCCCCCUCAACGCCAACACCAGACAUAUGAUCAACGCUACUCAAUUGAACAAGAUGAAGAAGGGCGUUGUCCUGGUCAACAUUGCUCGUGGACCCGUCGUUGAUGAGGCUGCCCUCGUUGAAGCUCUUGAGAGCGGAAGGGUUGGCUCUGCAGGUCUGGACGUUUUCGAGUUUGAGCCAAAGGUUCACGAGGGCCUUCUCAAGCAUCCCCGGUGCACGCUCUUGCCCCACAUGGGAACCUCCACUGAAGAAAGUCUUCGUUCCAUGGAGAAAUUGGCGCUUAAGAACAUUAUGAACUUGUUGAUGCACGGCGAGGCCGUCACCCCUGUUAACAAGGUCGUCGGCAAGGCACUUGAUGGUGUCAUGACCGACAGCGUCGACUUUUCCAAGAUCAACCUUACACUCCAGUGA